AUGGCAGCAAAGGCCUGCACCGGUGUUGUCGGAGGAGACGUGCAGGAUGCCGGAGUCGGCGGGGGCGGCCCCGCGGGCUUACUUGUGGCACAUCCAACGCUGCCUCUUGGCCUGUUGACCGGCACUGGGGGGGGUGGCCCUGCUGGAGCACUUGUGGUAGCAACUGGUGGAGCAGUGGCCUCCUCGCCUGAGCUCGGUGGGCUCGGUGGGCUAUCAGAUGAAGAGGACUCCGGAGCCACUGUUGCUUUGGCUUUCGGCCUUCCAGAUCGCGACCUCGACGGGUUACCUCGCCGUGCUUCCUUGGGUGACAUCCUGGGCUGGUCGGGCUAUGCAACAGCAAGGCUUGAGCACAGAAGGCGGCGCUCGGAAAAAGCUGCUCUGGAGUGCACCUAG